AUGCCGGAAUCUUCAAUUACGCUGCAACAUAAACUUGUGCCGACAAUUUCUGUUGACAUUCAUCCAACCAUUAAAUCAGUUCCAAGGAAAACGGAGAUCGACACUUUACAAGAUGAAGUUGAAGAAAUGUUGGGCCUUAAAAUCACGGGAGGUGUUGACUUUCAGAUGCCAUUAACAAUUUUCCACGUCAAGGAAGACUCAAACGCAAAACGCGUCGGUCUGAAACUCGGCGACUCUAUUGUGUCAAUUGAGAACAAAGAAACACGCGAAAUGACUUUAAAAGAAGCCUGUGAAACAUUGUUACAUGCUAGAAAUAAUAUUCAAAGCUUUAAGUUAGGAAUAACACGCUUUGAAGAUGAUGAAACUUUAAAAACAGUUCAAUGUGUUGAAGAAGUUGUCAUGGAAGGUAAUCCGAAGGCUCCAAGGUUUCUUGUUGAGCCGAGCAUUGAGCCACCUCGUGAGGCUUACAAACAGCACCCCGAAAGAAAAGCUUGGCAUCCUAUCAUGUGGCCACACCCGGAAUAUUUUUUACCAGAGGAUUAUCAUGACGAAUUGCCACACAAAAGAAUCGUUCGAAACGUUAGAAAGCUUUUGGAAACAAAUCCAUCAAAAGUGGAGGUUGAAAACAUUUUAACUGCUCUACCGAGAGGUUCACGACCAAAGCGAAACUAUGACGACGACAGUGAUUAAGCUUGUGAAGUUGAUAAUUUUAAAAUAUUUUUCUAAAGUUUGUUGAAUAAAUUUCGCAGAGAGUUUUAAUUGCCGCAUGUUCAUGAAAUAUUUUUUUUAACUACGUUUGGAACAUGAACGAUUAAUACUAAAAACAUUUUGGGAUCAUUAAUUUGUUAUGUAUUUAAAUUAUAAUUGGAAGUUGACAUCAAAAGAUAUCAAAUAUGUUGUCAUGACAGCAUAGCUUUCAGGCGCAUUAUGGUUGUAAAUAUUUUCAAAUGAUUUUCGUUAGAGUAACAUUAACAUGAAAAUUUACUAAUAACAUUUAAUGCAACUGAUUAAAAUUAUAAAUUGCCUAAAGUUCUCAAAUAAAUAUCUAUCUUUGAUUAAUUUUCCAUCAGAC